UUUGCCGCCAACACGUUCAGUUGCCUACUGAACGUGUUGUAUCGUUACAUUUUUCCAAACAUGCCGAACAUAAAGAUAUUUGGAGGGAAUUCUCAUCAACUACUGGCGAAAUUGAUUUCAGAACGGCUAGGGAAUGAACUGGGGAAGUGUGUGUUGAAAAAAUUCUCGAACAAGGAAACCAGUGUUGAAAUUGGUGAAUCAGUGCGAGGAGAGGAUGUCUUUAUAGUGCAAAGUGGUUGCGGUGAUGUGAAUGAUAAUUUAAUGGAACUGUUGAUCAUGAUCAAUGCUUGUAAGAUUGCUUCAGCCCAGCGAGUCACAGCUGUUAUUCCAUGCUUUCCAUAUGCAAGACAAGAUAAGAAGGACAAGAGUCGUGCACCAAUUUCAGCUAAACUGGUGGCAAACAUGCUCUCAGUAGCUGGUGCAGAUCAUAUUAUUACCAUGGAUCUUCAUGCUUCACAGAUACAGGGUUUCUUUGAUAUACCAGUAGACAAUUUGUAUGCUGAGCCUGCAGUGUUAAGGUGGAUCAGAGAACACAUUACUGAGUGGGAACGAGCAGUUAUUGUUUCGCCUGAUGCUGGAGGAGCUAAAAGAGUUACAUCCAUAGCUGAUCAUUUGAAUGUUGGCUUUGCCUUGAUUCAUAAGGAGCGAAAAGUUGCCAAUGAAGUGGCCAGUAUGGUUCUUGUUGGAGAUGUUAAAGAUCGUACAGCAAUACUAGUUGAUGACAUGGCAGAUACCUGCGGAACACUAACACUUGCAGCUCAGAAACUGAGAGAUGCUGGUGCUGCCAAAGUUUAUGCUAUACUGACACAUGGAAUCUUCUCUGGUCCUGCUCUGCGGAGAAUUGAGGAAAGUGAUCUGGAAGCUGUUGUAGUCACAAAUACCAUCCCACAAGAAAGCAAAAUGGAAAAUUGCGCGAAGAUCAAGUGCAUUGAUAUUUCCAUGAUCCUUGCCGAGGCUAUUCGCAGAACACACAAUGGUGAAUCAGUCUCUUACCUGUUCACUAAUGUUCCCCUUUGAAAGACAUAAAUAUGUGUACAGGGAGUUUGGGUUCUUUGAGUAUUUAAUAAGAGUUAACAGAUUAUAUUUGUUAUGGUCAGAAUAGCAAUUCAUACGCGUUGACCAGGUAACAGUCCUCUGAGCUUUGACUGAUGUGGCCACCUAGGCAAGUAGGAAAAAUGUAGUCAACUACAAGUUAUAAUAAAAUUAUGUAACAAGCUAUAGCAUUGUUAUGUC